UUUCAACUUUUUUAUUUUCUGCUUCUAGUGAAUUUUCGACGUUCUGUGUCUUAUGAAUUUAUAUUCAUAAAACCUUAUGUUUUAGUUUAUAUUAAUCUAAUUCAUUCAGUUUUCAUCUGUUUUAUGUUUGAAUUGUGAUUUCAAGUAGGAAGUUGAGAAUUGUAAACAGUGCUCAUGGUGAGAUCGUCAUGGGUUGCUUAACUUGGAUUAGAGGGUUAAAAAUCACAUUUCCAAUCAAAGACAAGGAGUUAAACAAAAUAGCAGCCUUCUUUAACUUGAGUACAUUUCUGCUGACAUGUGCUGCAUUGGUUCAGCCGAGUUGGUUCAGGAUCAGAGGCCUACAUUGUAUUGAGAGCCUUUCUCUAUCACAGUUCUUCACAUUUGAUCAAAAUGAUGAGCCAGAAAUAUCCAUUCACCAAAAUGCCGAUAUUUAUGGCCAUUUUAAUAUUAUGACUGGAACAGAUUUUAACGGUCUUCCACCGUGUACGACACCUGAGAUAAUAUCGCUUAUGAGAGUUCUAAUACUCUUAUGUUUCAUGGUGUUAAUAUGUUCCUGUGUUGGUGUGCUUAUAAACAUCACAUCACUAAAUAAGAGAGCGAUCAGAAUGUUAAGACGUAAUGCAGUACCGAGUAUAGUUUGUGUGUUUUGGGUGAUUGCAAUAGUAGGAGUUUGUUACUAUACAACAGUUGUAUUGGGAAAUGUCAAUAACAGUGAUCCUAAUGAAAUACAAGUUGAUUAUGAAUAUGGAUUUUAUACUAUAACUGGAGCUGGUUGCACUGCCCUCUUAGCUUCUGCAGCCAACCUCUGGGGCGCCCCUCUUUCUAAUGAUGAAGAUGUCCAACGUAGGAACCUAAUGGAGGAUUGGGAUGGUUAUGAAGCACAUAGUGUUGGUCCUACACCAUCAAUACCAGCAUUACCCCCAUAUACACCAAGUGCCUAUCCUGCCGGUUAUGCCCCAUCAGCCCAUCCUGCGUUUGGCCCACCUGUUUUGGGAACCCAACAGUAUUUUCCUUUUGAUGAUCUGUCCACUUUGCCACCACCCCCACCAUAUACACCCUAGGAAGUCCGAAAUAGUUAAUGCUGUUCCAAAGUUCUCAAGAGACAAUUUAAUUUUUGACAGCCAAAUAUGUCAUAAAUUUAUUUGUAAUUUUGGAAUUGGUGUAGAGACUAAUUACAAAACAAAAAGUUGAGAGAUAAAUAUAUUUUUUUUGAUAUGUGAAAUAUAAUAUUGGUCAUGUGUUCUAACAAAAAUUGAAAUUUUAUGAUGGAUAUUUAAUUAGAAGACUAAAAUUAAAAAAACUAAAAUUAUUUCUUGUAUGUAUAAUGCUUUAUGCCCUAAUUUGCAAUUUUUUUUAACAAUACUCUGGAAUGUUCUUAAAACAUCUAAAAACAUAGAGAUAAUGCUAAAUAGUGUAUCGCAAACUAAUAAAUAUUUACAAGAUUUCAUUGUUCAUAUAAAGAUAUAAAAAAUGCAGUUAAUUAAAAUGUGUAAAUUAACUUAUUAAUAUUAAACUAUAAUUUCCAUGGCAAUAAUAGUUGUUUUCUACUAUAACACUUGUGUAAUUUUAUGUAGAUAUAUUUGUUUUUUAAGUUUAUUGUGUACAGACAUUAUAUAACGUUGGUUCCAUUAUCUCUGAUUAUGUAUUAAUCUUAUGCAAGAUCAUUCAAGCAAUAAAAAAAGCCUUCUACAUAUAGUAUAUCAAAGAGAAUGUGAUAAUCAUAGAAAUAAUCUGUCUAGAAUAUAUAAUACUAACCUGUAAUUUUUUGUAUAUAUGUUAUUGUUCUAAAUUCUAAAAUUAUCAAUGUUCGCCUAAAUGUGUUUUAAAUAUGUAUAAAAUAGAUAAAAUCCUUGUGUUCUUAAAAUAGCGGUUGUGAUGAAUGUUUUAAAAAUUCUCCAUCUAUCAUAACAAAUUAAUUGUUGUGCCAUUCCAUGUAAUCUAAAAUCACCCAUUAAUUUUGUCUGUUUAUAAGUAUUAUUUUUUCUUUAACUAUUACCUAAUUUUUUUGUUAGCUAUAUUUUAAUGUAAGUUUCCAAUGGUUUAGUAUUUACUGUCUGCCAUCUUC